AGAUUUUAGCAUAGGAAAUUCUUUUUGUCGUGUGUUAUACAGUUGUACUUAUACUAUGCAUAUUUGAUUCCAAUGCAUCUCAGACUUUAUGCAUAAGUAUUUUAAUUGUUUUGUUUUACAGCAGUUAUACGUAUGUAUAAUCUUCACGUGUAGAGUUUUUCACUUUUUACCAUAUUUCUCACUUCCAGUUAUACAGCCAUAGCUGUUUGUGAUUAAAUGAAAGUACUCGGAAGUUAUUGCUGCUCUUAGUUUUGUCUGUCAGGCUGCAAACCACAGCAAGCUUCUCUAAUCCAAUGAGCUAAAGGAAGUUCAGGGUUUGGGCCAAUUACAGUGAAGGAGGUGGGAUUUGCCGAACGAGGGGGGAGAAAUCCCUGACAGUCUAGAUUCAGGGCUCAAAGGUUUCAAUGCAGCAGCAGCUCUCCACGUCCUGCGCUGUGUAUAAACGUCACUCCGAGAAGUUGCCACGAAUACACAGGCUGGCGGCAUGAUGUGGAGGCUCGUGGGCUGCACGCUGUGCCUCUUUGUGUCUUUACAGCUCAGCUCGUGGUGCGUUUUGGCGUCCGCGGCCGAGCCGGACGGCGAGGUCCAGAUCGAGGUGUUGUUCAAGCCCGAGGAGUGCACUCAAAAGAGUAAACGAGGAGAUCUGCUGAACGUCCACUACGACGGGUUCCUCGCCACAGAUGGUUCUCAGUUCUACUGCAGUCGAUCAGACAAAGCCGGGCACCCUCAGUGGUUUGUGCUGGGCGUCGGACAAGUCAUCAAGGGCCUGGAUAAAGGGAUGGAAAACAUGUGUCCUGGAGAGAAACGAAAAAUAACUGUUCCUCCUGGCCUGGCCUUCGGAGCACAAGGCAAAGAUCCUGUCCCGCCCAAUGCCACGGUGGUCUUUGAGGUGGAGGUCUACUCGGUUUCCAGGGGACCACGCAGCAUGGAGGCUUUCGGACAGAUGGACCUGGAUAGUGACAGAAGUCUCACGAAGGCUGAGUGUGUACAUGUUCCCCAUGGAUGCUGUAAUCAAAUGUCACCAGAGAGCCGAGGCCGCCAGGCGUAAAGACAGACGGUGCCUCCAGUCCUGUAAAGGAACAACGUAAUGUUCCCUUCUGUUUGGGGGAAAGAGGACAGUCCUACUUUGUCAUAGGAGAUGCAAAGGUGGAUGAGGAAUGUACGUACAGAUUACAGAGCUUAUAAGGAGACGGGAGCGUGGAUGUAGAAGGAGACCUGGGUACAGCGUUGAAAGCGGGGCUCUGUUCGUUCCUGUUUUAGUCUGAGUAUAAAAUUAGGGCUCAUUCUCCUGAACGGAGGAAGAAAAUAACUCUGGAUUUGGCUAUAAGUGCAUUUUAGGACCAACCAAUUUAAAAUGGAGGCUAUUGAAGUGGACAGACAGUCGUAAGACGAUGGGAAAGAGACGUCUGUCGAAUGUGAGCCGGAGUUUUUUUUUUAAGUGUAUUUUUUUGGUUCUUUCUGUCCUGACUGUCAGAUAGUCGGGUGAUUUUUUUUUAGUUGUGGGUAUUAUUAUUUUUCAAACUGAUCAUUAGCAGGAACAAAAAAAACACAUCCCAGUGAAUCUUUAGCUAAACUACGUGAUUUUGCUUUCAUAACCGCGUAUAUAAAGAAUGAAGCAAUCCAACCCCAAAGUAACCUCAGUGAGACUGAAGGCCACGCUCGUUCCUGAUCUCAUUAUCUCACGUCAUAAAAAUCCAUAAAUCACUUUAGCUUUAAUUUAUUUACUGCCAUGGCUCUCUGAUUCUUUUCAGUAGUGUCAAAACAAAGUAAAGGACAGUAUUGGUACUGCAAACCACAAAGGAAGCCAAUUUUAUAGCGACCAAAAACGUUUGCUCAUCCCAAGAAUUAUAAUAAUUAAUAAGUAUAACUAGCCUUAAAGAAGACUCAGUCGUUGACGGCACAUACCAUUUACAGUCUCAAUUAUUACCGAUGUAUGUUGCUUGUAACGAUGAAAUGCUUUUU